AUCGUAGCUUACUAGCUGCCUGGUAGCGACAGUAACUGAAGAAUCGUAUGCAGCAGUAGCAGUAGCAGCAGCAAUAUCAGUACGACGACGACGACGACGACUAUUGGUAUUAGUAAGAAGAAUCGACUGUACAAUAAAGAAAUUGAUGGGCUUCGACGCGUCCAAGCUGCUCGGUUGUGCUGUACUGAAGGAGGCUGCGGUGUGCGCGAAACACAGCAGUAAGUAAGUCAGUUACAGUGAUUACUGUGUGAGGAUCUACAAGGACAAGCAAGUUGAAAUAAGUUACUCUUGUGGUUGAAAUCUGAAAAGUUGAGUUAGCACGAACUGUGUAUAGUUGAUGGAGACUAACAGUAAGUUAACAGAGGUUUAAUCUUGGCAACACAAAAAAUCUGUGACGAAGACGAGAUUGAGUGCGGCUACGAAUAGUUCUCGAUGCCAGGAGAGUUUUGUUACUGCCUCAUUCAGUGUGUUUUAUGACUUGUGCGAUACUUGUUGUGAGCUGUGUGCUUGCAGACAUUGUGAACCUUGGAUUCGUACAAAAACGACCUAAAAACGACGAAAAAAAGACAGGCUGCGACGAGGAUUAAUUACACUUAGUUACUGACGGAAUCAGGAGACCUGGAAUUGUUGGACUCGGUGAACGAACUGUUGGACUGGAUUGGGGGCACCGUGAUAGUAGGUUACAAGUACCGCAUGACUUCGUAUAUCACCGCCGGCACCUGGUGCGAUUGUAGAGUUUGAGGGCCUAAUCCACCAAUCCGAGUGGAUCCUGAAGUGUUGGAAACGAAAUAAACGUAACGGUUAGAAUAUGAUGUCACAGAUGUUAACCGCCGGCACGCCUUCGGGCGGUUCCGCUCAGAAUCUUCUACAAAUGUGCAGUUUCGAGGCGACCAAGUCGACCAAAGGGGCAUCAAAAGCCCGCCGAGAUCUAAUCAACAGUGAAGUGGCCAACCUUAGGGACCUUCUGCCUCUGCCGUCGUCAACGCGUCAGAGAUUGUCGCAACUUCAGUUGAUGGCUCUCGUCUGCGUUUUCGUUCGCAAAUCCAAUUACUUUAUCAACUACUUCAAACAAAUAUUUCACAAGUUUGAUGGACCACGGGCGGAGGUGCCAAUUCCCCCGUUUGGAUUUUCCAAGGCUCUCAGCGGGUUUAUCAUGAUGCUGACCCAGAAUGGGAAGCUUCUGUACAUUUCCGAUAAUGCAGCUGAGUACCUCGGCCACUCCAUGGAAGAUUUGCUUAUUCAUGGUGACUCGGUGUACGAUAUCAUCGAAAAACAAGAUCAUACCAAUAUUCAAAGCGAACUUUCCCGUAACCCGACGACCGGCAAUGCAGCUAAGGAGAUCCGUACGUUCCUCUGCCGGAUGAACGUAUCCCGCAACGCACGGCGUCAAAUGCGGUUUGGAGACCAAAAAGUGGUAUUGGUUCAGGGCCAUUUUGCGGGUUAUCUUCCCUUGUGCUCGCGAAACGAACCAGUGUUUCUCGCCCUAUGCACGCCUGUCGCGAUGCCUGAGACGCGCGAAUGCGUCGUUCAAGGAAGUACGCACGUAUUCACUUCGAUUCAUUCUAUGGACAUGAAAAUCCUUCAUCUUGAUCGAAAUGGCGAAUUCCAUCUCGGCUAUCAAAAAAGCAGUCUACAAGGUGUAAGCUGGUAUGAACUCGUUCAUUGGGAUCACCUCAGCGACGUCCAGAGCAAGCACAAACUAAUAACCCAAAACGAGCAGGAACGUAGCUGCAUUGUUCUCCUACGGCUCCAGAGUCUCAAUCGGGGCUGGAUCUGGAUUCACUGCGUGCUCCAGGUGAAGGACGCCUCUGAUUCAAACCAGCAGCCCAUCAUCGUGUGCACCAAUCAGGUUUUGAGUGAGCGUGAAGCAUACGUCAUGCGACAGAACAGCUGGCUAUACCAAUACUACUCAUUACAUUCGAAAAUGAGCUAUAACCUUGGAUACAAUGACCCGCCCACACAGGCGCCAUCGCCUCCAAGUCAAUCGAGAUCAUCCGCGCAAUAUUCCCCAGUACGCACCUAUUCGGCACCAUCACCAGUCCCUCCAUCGCUAAACAGCUCGGUGGCUUCCGUCGCUCCAGUGGCCCCCGCGCCACAAUACGUAUCCAGUGUAUACAACCCCUCAUCGUAUGUUAGUCAGCCGCAAAAUACCCCGUCCAAAUGGACACCACAGGUGCUGCACGGCGUAAAGAGAUCAGCAUCGCCGACAAACGACGGCCGAUGCUCACCAACGAUGCCUUCGUCUCUUACGCAUCCUCAUAUUGGAGUCGGUGUUGGCGCCAAUGUUGGAAUAGGCAGUGUAAACAAUAUGGGUGUGCAUAGCCACCAAACACAUUCGCCGAGCACACCCCAUCAAACGCUGCCCCACUACCCGCAGCCGACCUUGAUGCAUCAUACGAACCCCAUACAGGUACCACAGUUUACCGAACUAACAACGCCGGUUGCAAAUGGUGGCUACACUGGAAGUUACCCGUACGGCAGCUUAACCCUGGCAACGGCCGCAACCGCGCCGGUCUUCCAGCGAGUACCCGCCCCGGCGACAGCGAAAUAUCAGCAUCAAUCGCACCAUCACCAUCAUCAAUUGGACGAGGAGGCAGCUGCCGUCGGAGAUGUCGAACAAAGCCUCACGCCGACCAACACCGAAGAGGUUAGCCAACUCAUAUCAGCAGCGAACUACCUGCGAAACGUACCUCGGCCAACAUACAUCGAACCAACGCCCCUCGAUCCAUACCACUUUUCGCUGGCCUACCCCAAAUACUCGGAGCUGCCUCUGCACUUCGAUUACCUCGGCGCAGCGACAAGUGAGUACCACCGCUCGCUAAUGCCGCCGCCACCGCAUCAUCCGGCGCUGCUGUGCGCUUCAACUCACCAUGGAGCCGAAGCACCUCAUCCACAUCUGGCUGCAGCAGCCCACCCUCAUUCGCAUCCCACUCUAGUCAGUCAUCCGGGCGCAAUGCACCCGAACGCUUCAUCGCCACCUGUCCUUACCUGUCUAUCGUCUGCUAUUCCGUCAAUGCCUUCAAUGGAGGAUCAUAGCACCAAAGUGGUCUAAAGGUGUCGUCAUGAGGUGACCGGGCACCCUCGCAGAGCCAUUCGAGCCCGUCGGAUCUUCCCUCCGGCUGAAUUGCCGUUGCAGAAACUCCGCUAAGCGGCGUCGUUCGAUAGGCCGUUUGUCGGAAACGUCCGGAGGAGCUGAGUAUUUGCUAAAUGAUCCUUAGGAAGACAUCGGUGCGGACACAGUCUCAGUACUUUUCGAUCAGCCGCCUUUUUGCGAACCAGUAGUAUAAUCAGCUUUACCUUCAUAAAACAUGGCGGUGAUAUAGGGCUUCGUUGCAUUCGCUGUGCCUCCCAUAUGCACCUCAUUACGUAUCUCUUUUUCAGCUAUUUCUGUCCGUGCAUUUACGAGCGGGCGGAUUUGAACCAAAGUGAAGUGCCUUAGCCCGGCAGCCCUAUUUCGCUUCGACGGUGGUUCAGAACCCGGAGUUACCGGAAUGACUAUACAAUAAGACAAAAAUAGAAAAGCCAUCGGAGGAAAAGCGCUGUCAGCUGUCUGUAGAAUCUCAGUAGAAUAAACGUAAGCAACAGUUCAGUAAUGCUGAUGAUAAUAAUGAAACGGAACAAUCGCAUCAUUUCAUGGUGUUAUUGCAGGUAGAAACCUUGUUGUGUGACAAAAACAUGUCAGAAUGAAAGAGGAAGCGGUACACACGCACCCGCACUGUCUCUCCCAGUGUUAUUAUUAAAUUUUCCUCGAAUAGAAAUGCUCGAUGUUUAAAACACAGGAAAAGAUGGAAAGUUAUUCAUUCACUGAGUGCUAUACAUAUAUUACAUACACACAUAUAGUGUCACAGCGCAAGUAAAGGGUCUCUUCGGCCGGUUGACACGCCGAGAAAACAUCGACCAUAUAGAAGUUGCGCUAUUUCUUGCACGUACGAACGAAUUUCUAUGCACAGCAUGUCAAAUGAAUCAUAUAUAUGCCGAAUGCAUAUACACGAAAUGCUAAUGCGAGCCAUAGUUAAGUAAAUCUUGUACGUGAGGUAGACAUCUUGCAGAGUCUAGAUGAGGAGCUACCGUAAUUGCUGCAGGUGAAUGCAACACGAUGAGCGUAUUCAUUAGUGAAGUAGUGACACAUAGAACGAUUUUAACCGGUUCUUAGUUCCAUGUAUCUGAGUAAGGUGUAUGCUUUAUUUUUUAUAUUUUUCCACCAACUGCUUUGUGUAGAGUGUUUCUGUACUGCGAUAUUUCUUGGUAUUCGGACUUUUUUUGUUGGGCUCGAUGUUUGUGCAUUACAGACGUCCCACCAACUUUGAGUUUCUCGGUACGUCCACGUACCUCGAACGACCGAGUAUCACCGAGAGUGUGAUGUGAUGCCGGACUCCUAACGUGCGUAAAAUAUGUGGAUUAACGAUUCGUUCGGUUAAAUCGCUAACAGUCAACCUGGUGACGGUGACCAGCGGUCGAAGCUAAUUCUUUUCGAAAAGUGUACGCGAAAAAAAAAACACUGCAGGGCAACCCGCCCCGCUGACGCAUCCGUGUGAUAGUUUGAACAUUAUCUUUUCCGUAACGGAAAGAAUUGAAGUGCGAACACCGAAACGCUAGUAGAAGCUAAGGCAAACAAAUGAUAAUCGCCUGACUUGUCGAGAGAUUACAGGCACAGCGGGUAGACUCUGACUCGUGUGUCGUUUUGCUCAGAUUCGGUAGCAAUUGGUGCAGCGUUAAGUCUAACAGGGCGAUUUUCCUGUUCGUCAAAACGUCUCUUCGACACGGAAAAAAAGUCUCAGUUCGACAAUUUGAAGAAUUCACAGAGGGGCUUAACAAUUGUGAAGAUGAAGCUCGCACAUUCUCGAAAACUUACGCUGUGACGUGCUGACGUCAUGAUAUAAUCGCGCCUCUUUGUUAAUUUCCCAUAUAAAUAGGUCUGCUAAA